AAUAAUUUUGGUCUUGAACAACUUGUCAUAAUUAUAAGGCGCUUGUGAUAUAACCCCAAAAUCUUGACACUUAUCUGUGAAAUUUCGUUGCGUUGUUGAUUUUCCCUUCUUCAUUGUAUUUUUCUUUCCAUUCGUUGUUAUUUCUCUUUUUUUAUGAUUAAACUUUUAUCAUUGUACUCGCGGCGCGCUGUUAUCAAAUCAAAAGCCGCAAAUAAAGGCAAUGCCUGACACUUUUUUUUUAACAUAAUAAAAGAAAAAUAAACAAAACUCAAGACUAUAUAAUACCUAUACUUAAUACACGCAACAAAGUGCAAAAAAAAAACAAACAAACAACGCAGUCGCAGUCGCAUUUUUGAGCUUUCAGCGCAAGCGUUAAGAUCGCUCCGAUCUUGACCAGCUCAGUUGGCUAAAAUAAGCCACUGGAAAAAGUAGUGGUACAAGCGCUUGUUGCGCCCCAACAACUGCCACAUGGAUCGCGGUGGUAACAACAUAAUCCUCGGCCUCGCCAGUGUGCUGGGCUUGAUUGGAGGCGCCUAUCUGCUGCAAAGUGGCGCCCAUCAUCUACUAAGCAAAAUAGUCGAUAAGAAGCCGAAGAAGGAGAAUGAGGGCGGAGAGCAGCAAAGCUGCAAUGUCUGCUGUGCAGACCUGGAUUUAAGCAGUGCCAAAAAUUACGUCAGAUGUUGCACAUGCGGCAAGUGCGUGUGCCGCAGCAUCAAGUGCGCGGAAUGGCGGCCAAAGGCUGCCCAAUGGGAAUGCGAACUGUGCCACAGUUCCAAGCAAUCGCUGGAGCAGACCUCGUCCUGGGUGGCCGAACAGAUGUCCUUCAACCAGCAGAAGUACAUCUACCCACUGCGUGCCCGCAGCGAAAUCUAUAUACCCAUUAGUGCAGACAUGGCCGAUAGCACGUUGAACUUUGAGAGCGUCAGCCAGAUCGGCGCGAAUAGUGUGGCCAUAAUGAAUGGAGAUGAGCGCAACAGGAUACGCGAAUAUGUUGAGGAAAUUGUUGCGGAAAUGCUCGGCAGCAAUCUCGAUCACAUCAAAGUCGGUCAAUUGUCUAAAAGCGAGAACUACAUGCAGCUUUUCUAUAAAUACCAUGCGAAACUGAGCAACCUGCUUAUCAAUUUGGAGAACGCUUUAAGCGCUCGCAUGCUCAAAGGAGAUUUGCCCGCCAUUGUCAAUGGCAAUAAUAAUAAUAACAACAACAGCAACAGCAACAACAACAAUAAUAACAAUGAACAACUCUCGGACAUCUCGCAGACUCGUCUGCGCAGCCUCAUUGAGAGCAUUAUUACUGAAACGCUGCGGAGCAACAAUCUCCUGAAUCCCAGCGGCGCCGUCUCCGAAAUAAGUUUCGACACACGGGGCUCCACGGGGCAACUGUCGAGCUUUAGUAAUGGCAACAUCAAGAGACGCCACCGCACCGAGCACUAUUUUGAGCCCAAAAUCUAUCAGGAUCUUUUGGCCACAGCGGUGCUCAAUAAGAUUGCGGACAAGGAGGGCAAUACCAGACUUAUAACGGAAAGUACACCGGACCAGAGUGCUCACAACAUUGAUGAGAAUUACAAUGCCGAAGAGUUGAGCACUACGUCCGGCAGUUCAAUAGAACCACGCAGCGAUUGCAGCUUCACCGAUCAUGAACUGCAACUCAAUCCUGAAAAGUCCGAUGUGCAUGCGAGUUUGCAGCUGGAUAUGGAAAGUGAAUCGGUCUUGAGUGACUAUAUAGCCGCUCACAUGGUGCCACUACCGGAUUUCUCAGCAUCCGUUACCGAAUCCGAGGAUGAUGUUGUCUCAAUGUCAUCGAGCAUGGUCGGCGAUGGCACCUGGGAAGACAAUUGGCUAUUCAAGAAGAAGCGCAACACCCUGCAAAGCUCGGGCACACCGAGCAGCAUUGGCAUGUUGGUGCCGGCGCCCAAAGAGAAUGUGCGUGCUCAGAUCGGCGAUCGCACUGCCGAUGAGGUUAGCGAUCUAUCCGAGAUGGGCUCGGAUGCAGAGGAAUCGAUGGAUUUGACGCGUUGCAAUGAGCUAAACGAUCGGCUGUUGAGCAAGCAUCUGAUCGGUGGACAGAAUACAAAACUUGUACUCGAUGAGCUCGUGGAUCGCACGAGUUUGACCUCAAAUACUUUGCCAGCGGAGCAUGAGCCCGCUUUUACCGAGACCACAAAUCCGCUCGUCACACAACCGGCCACAGUUGCCGCCGUAACAGAAGAGCAAAAAGUAGCUGAGUUAAUGCAGCCACCACCACCAAUGACUUUUCAGGAUAAUCAUGAAAAUGAGAACGAACCCAUCCAGACCCUCAUAGCAGCAGCUCCAUGUGAAUCAGACGAUAUCUGCGAUCUCGAGGGCUGCACAGGCUUCGGAGACGUUGAAUACUUGGAUGAUAGCCAGCUAGAGGAAAAAACUCCCUCGGUUAUUGAAAUACUAGCAGCUAUGGCUCUGGGACCGAUGCUAGCAGUUCCAGCUUCCGACCAACCUCCUGUUAUGAGCGCCACGGAAAUUCACACACUUAAGGAACUUAGUGAUUUGGCUCUUGCCGAAAUCAACGCCCGCACAAUGGAGCUGACAUUUCAUUCGCUGGACAUUAUUGAUGAGGAGUUCACAGAUGCACAAACAGCUCCUGCCCCAGAAAAUGAAGAAGAAUUCUUUGAAGUAGAAAGUAUACCACAGCCAGAUUACGACUUUACUGAAGCUCCAACACAAACACUUGACGACAAUACAGCAGCAGAAGUCUCUGUAGAAGCUCUUAAGGCAGGUGAAACUCCAGCAAUUGACGAGAUUACCACUAUAGAAAUCAAACCUGAACAACAAGCUGCUUCUCCACUACCAAUUGAAGAACUUACCAAUGCAGAAGUAGUAAAGGAAGUUGCUGCUGCAACAGUGGUUCCAGAGCAACAAGACGCCCCAAUGAUGGAUCCAGCGCCAGCAAUUAAGGAUAUUCCUCCUGCAGAAAUAGUUACAGACCAACAAGCUGUUCGCGGGGAAGUUCCCGCAUCAAAUAUUGAAGAAGUUACUACCGCCGAAGUAGUUCCUGAGCAACAAAUUACUCUUCAGCAAGCCGCAGCCCCAGCAGUUGAGGAUGUUAUUAGUGUAGCAAUCGCAUCAGAACAAGCUCCAGCACCAGCAGUUGAAAUAGUUUUUACAGUGGAACAACAAAUUGUUCAUCAGGAAGCUUCAGCAGCAGCAGUCGAGGAAGUUACUACGGCAGAAGCAGUGCCAGAGCAACAAUCUGCUUUAGAGGAAGUUCCAGCAGAACUUCCAGUUCCAGAAAUUGCCACCGCAGAAGUAGUUCCAGAGCCACAAUAUGCUCUAGAAAACAUUCCUGCACCAGCAUUUGAAGGAGUUGCUACCGCAGAAAUAGUUCUAGAUCCACAAUAUGCUCUAGAAGAUAUUCCUCCACCAGCAAUGGAAGUAGUUCCAGAGCAACGUGUGGUUCCACCAACCGCAAUUGAGGAUUUUGCUCUUGACGAGCAACAAGUUGCUCAAGAGGAAGUUUCAAUACAAGCAAUUGAGGAUGUUGUUCCUACGGCAAUAGUUUCAGAACAACAAGUUGCUCCCGUGGAAGUUCCAGCACCAGCAAUCCAGGAAGUUGCUACAGCAGAAAGAAUUGCAGAGCAACAUGUAUUUCCCACGGAAGUUCCAGCCUCAGCAAUUGAGGAUGUUGCUAUCGCACAAGUAAUUCUGGGGCAACAUGUUGUUCCCGCGACGGCUCCAGCAACAGUAAUUCAGGAUGUUGCUACUGCGGAAGUUGUUUCAGGGCAACAAGUUGCCCCAACGGAAAUUAAAGCAUCAGCAACUGAGGGUGUUGCUGAUGGAGAACUAGUUCCAGAACAACAAGUUGCACCAGAUGAAGCUCCAGCAAUUGAGGAUGUUGCUGCUGCAGAAGUAGUUCCAGAGCAACAAGUUGCUCCCGAGGAAAUUCCAGCACCAGCAAUUGAGGAUGUUGCUGCUGCAGUAGCAGUUCCAGAGCAACAAGUUGCUCCCUAUGAAGUUCCAGCAACAGCAAUCGAGGAUGUUGCUGCUGCAGAAAUAGUUCCAGAACAACAAGUUGCACCAGAGGAAGCUCCAGCAAUUGAGGAUGUUGCUGCUGCAGUAGUAGUUCCAGAGCAACAAGUUGCUCCCAAUGAAGUUUUAGCAACAGCAAUUGAGGAUGUUGCUGCUGCAGAAAUAGUUCCAGAACAACAAGUUGCACCAGAGGAAGCUCCAGCAAUUGAGGAUGUUGCUGCUGCAGUAGUAGUUCCAGAGCAACAAGUUGCACCAGAGGAAGCUCCAGCAAUUGAGGAUUUUGCUGCUGCAGAAGUAGUUCCAGAGCAACAAGUUUCUCCCGAGGAAAUUCCAGCACCAGCAAUUGAGGAUUUUGCUGCUGCAGUAGCAGUUCCAGAGCAACAAGUUGCUCCCAAUGAAGUUUUAGCAACAGCAAUUGAGCAUGUUGCUGCUGCAGAAAUAGCUCCAGAACAACAAGUUGCACCAGAGGAAGCUCCAGCAAUUGAGGAUGUUGCUGCUGCAGAAAUAGUUCCAGAACAACAAGUUGCACCAGAGGAAGCUCCAGCAAUUGAGGAUGUUGCUGCUGCAGAAAUAGUUCCAGAGCAACAAGUUGCUUCCAAUGAAGUUCCAGCAACAGCAAUUGAGGAUGUUGCUGCUGCAGAAAUAGUUCCAGAACAGCAAGUUGCACCAGAUGAAGCUCCAGCAAUUGAGGAUGUUGCUGCUGCAGAAGUAGUUCCAGAGCAACAAGUUUCUCCCGAGGAAAUUCCAGCAACAGCAAUUGAGGAUGUUGCUGCUGCAGAAAUAGUUCCAGAGCAACAAGUUGCUCCCUAUGAAGUUCCAGCAACAGCAAUCGAGGAUGUUGCUGCUGCAGAAAUAGUUCCAGAACAACAAGUUGCACCAGAGGAAGCUCCAGCAAUUGAGGAUGUUGCUGCUGCAGAACUAGUUCCAGAGCAACAAGUUGCACCAGAGGAAGCUCCAGCAAUUGGGGAUAUUGCUUCUGCAGAAGUAGUUCCAGAGCAACAAGUUGCUCCCGAGGAAAUUCCAGCACCAGCAAUUGAGGAUGUUGCUGCUGCAGUAGUAGUUCCAGAGCAACAAGUUGCUCCCGAGGAAAUUCCAGCAACAGCAAUUGAGGAUGUUGCUGCUGCAGUAGUAGUUCCAGAGCAACAAGUUGCUCCCAAUGAAGUUUUAGCAACAGCAAUUGAGGAUGUUGCUGCUGCAGAAAUAGUUCCAGAACAACAAGUUGCACCAGAGGAAGCUCCAGCAAUUGAGGAUGUUGCUGCUGCAGAAGUAGUUCCAGAGCAACAAGUUGCUCCCGAGGAAAUUCCAGCACCUGCAAUUGAGGAUGUUGCUGCUGCAGUAGUACUUCCAGAGCAACAAGUUGCUUCCAAUGAAGUUUUAGCAACAGCAAUUGAGGAUGUUGCUGCUGCAGAAAUAGUUCCAGAACAACAAGUUGCACCAGAGGAAGCUCCAGCAAUUGAGGAUGUUGCUGCUGCAGAAGUAGUUCCAGAGCAACAAGUUGCUCCCGAGGAAAUUCCAGCACCAGCAAUUGAGGAUGUUGCUGCUGCAGAAAUAGUUCCAGAACAACAAGUUGCACCAGAGGAAGCUCCAGCAAUUGAGGAUAUUGCUUCUGCAGAACAACAAGUUGCUCCCAAUGAAGUUCCAGCAACAACAAUUGAGGAUGUUGCUCCUGCAGAAAUAGUUCCAGAACAACAAGUUGCACCAGACGAAGCUCCAGCAAUUGAGGAUGUUGCUGCUGCAGAAAUAAUUACAGACCCUCUACCACCAGCAAUCCAUGUGGCUGCUCCUGCAGUAGUUCCUGAGCAACAAGUUGCUCCCGAGGAAAUUCCAGCACCAGCAAUUGAGGAUGUUGCUGCUGCAGAAAUAGUUCCAGAACAACAAGUUGCACCAGAGGAAGCUCCAGCAAUUGGGGAUAUUGCUGCUGCAGAAGUAGUUCCAGAGCAACAAGUUGCUCCCAAUGAAGUUCCAGCAACAGCAAUUGAGGAUGUUGCUGCUGCAGAAAUAGUUCCCGAACAACAAGUUGCACCAGAGGAAGCUCCAGCAAUUGAGGAUGUUUCUGCUGCAGAAGUAGUUCCAGAGCAACAAGUUGCUCCCGAGGAAAUUCCAACUCCAGCAAUUGAGGAUGUUGCUGCUGCAGAAGUAGUUCCAGAGCAACAUGUUGCUCCCGAGGAAAUUCCAACUCCAGCACUUGAGGAUGUUGCUGCUGCAGAAAUAGUUCCAGAACAACAAGUUGCACCAGAUGAAGCUCCAGCAAUUGAGGAUGUUGCUGCUGCAGUAUUUCCAAAACAAGUUGCUCCUGAGGAAGAUCCAGCAUUAGCACCAGCAAUUAAGGAUGUUGCGAGUGCAGAAAUUGUUCCAGAACAGCAAGGUGCACCAGGGGAAGCUCCAGCAUUAGCACCAGCAGUUGAGGAUGUUGCUACUGCAGAAGUAGUUCCAGAGCUACAAGUUGCUCCCAGUGAAGUUCCAGCAGCAGCAAUUGAAGAUGUUACUGCAGCAGUAUUAGUUCCGGAGCAACAAGUUGCUCCCGCGGAAAUUCCAGCAAUUGAGGAUGUUGCUGCUGCAGUAGUCGUUCCAGAGCAACAAGUUACUUCUCAGGAAGCUCCAGCAUCAGCAACUGAGGAUGUUGCUGCUGCAAUAGUAGUUCCAAAACAAGUUGCUCCUGAGGAAGCUCCAUCAUCAGCACCAGCAAUUGAGGAUGUUGCUGCUGCAGAAGUAGUUCCAGAGCAACAAGUUGCUCCCGAGGAAAUUCCAGCACCAGCAAUUGAGGAUGUUGCCGCUGCAGUAGUAGUUCCAGAGCAACAAGUUGCACCAGAGGAAGCUCCAGCAAUUGAGGAUGUUGCUGCUGCAGAAGUAGUUCCAGAGCAACAAGUUGCUCCCGAGGAAAUUCCAGCACCAGCAAUUGAGGAUGUUGCUGCUGCAGUAGUAGUUCCAGAGCAACAAGUUGCACCAGAGGAAGCUCCAGCAAUUGAGGAUGUUGCUGCUGCAGAAGUAGUUCCAGAGCAACAAGUUGCUCCCGAGGAAAUUCCAGCACCAGCAAUUGAGGAUGUUGCUGCUGCAGAAAUAGUUCCAGAACAACAAGUUGCACCAGAGGAAGCUCCAGCAAUUGAGGAUGUUGCUGCUGCAGAAGUAGUUCCAGAGCAACAAGUUGCUCCCGAGGAAAUUCCAGCACCAGCAAUUGAGGAUGUUGCUGCUGCAGUAGUAGUUCCAGAGCAACAAGUUGCUCCCAAUGAAGUUCCAGCAACAGCAAUUGAGGAUGUAGCGGGUACAGAAAUAGUUCCAGAACAGCAAGUUGCUCCCGAGGAUAUUCCAGCAAUUGAGGUUGUUGCUGCUGCAGAAAUAAUUACAGACACUCUACCACCAGGAAUUGAUGUGGCUGCUCCUGCUGUAGUUCCAGAGCAACAAGUUGCUCCCGAGGAAGUUCCACAACCAGCAAUUGAGGAUGUAGCGGGUACAGAAAUAGUUCCAGAACAACAAGGUGCACCAGGGGAAGCUCCAGCAUCAGCACCAGCAAUUGAGGAUGUUGCUGCUGCAGAAGUAGUUCCAGAGCAACAAGCUGCUCCCAAUGAAGUUCCAGCACCAGCAGUUGAGGAUGUUGCUGCUGUAGAAGUAAUUUCAAAGCAACAGAUUGCACUACAGAAAUCUCCUGCAUCAGCAAUUACAGAAAUGAGUCCAGAGCACAAAACUGAAUCAGCAAUUAAGGACGCAGUUUCAGAGAUGCAAGUCGCACCUGAGCAACAAUCUAAUUUAAAGGAAGCUCCAGUGCCAGCACUUGAAGAUGUUACUCCUGUAGGAGUAGCUCCAGAGCAACAAGGUGUUCCCCAGGAUUCUCCAGCACAAUCAAUUGAGGAGGCUGCUUCUACAAAAGCGGUUUCAGAAAUAUCAACUGCACCUCAGAAAGCUCCACCACCAGAAGUCAAUGAACUUGUUCCAGAGCAACAGGUUGCUGCUGGUGAAGCUCCAGCUACAGCAUUUGAAGAAGUUGCUCCUGCACAAGUAAUACGAGAACAAAAAGUAGCUCUUCAGGAUACUCCAUCGCCUGCAACAGAGGAGGUUGCUAGUGCAGAUAUUGCACCAGGGCAACAAGUUCUUCCCGAGAAAGCACCAGCAGUAGCAGGAGUUGCUCCAGCAGAAGUAGAGGAAGCGGGGACUGCAUCCCUCGUUUCUGACAAACAAAUGCCCAAUGAGGCAAUUGAGACUGAAGAUGAAACCUCUAAGAUACAGCAAGCGACCACUGAAUCUAUGAGCGAUAAUUGCGCUCUAGGCUCCAUUGCGGAACGCGAGGUCAAGAAGUGGUAUAAUGCCGUCGAAAUGCCAAACAAUCCGUAUGCGCCCGAGGCACUAAAGCAACGCAUCAGCGGCACACAGGAGCGCUUCAUGGAUGUGCCCAACAUAAGUCCAACUGCAGAACAAAAAGCACUGGCGCUCAUGACAAAUAAUGGCGAGAGUAGCCAGCCUGCCAGCCACGUCGAGGAUUACAAGCGCUACAGUCGCGACUAUUACAUCAAUGAUGCGCCUAGUCCAACGAGUGGCCGAACGCCCAGCGGCAGCAGCUUGGAGCCAACAAGCGUUCACACCGAUGAGGAUAUUGUGAUCAAUGAGGCUACAAGUGCAAGCAAAACCGCAGUCGAGAUUCCGGAUGUGGAUAGUGUUUAUACAGCAUUGCCCGCCCAGGUGCUGGAGGCGAGCAACAGCAGUCUGGAGACGCAAUCUUCGAAUCCGUCGCUUCAAACGAUUAGCGAUGAUUCGGAUACGGUGCGUGUCUACGAUUUCAAUAAGCAGGAGACGACAGUCAUUAAAGCGACGACAGCAGCCACGGAACAGCCCAGCACGUCCAGUACGUCAUCUAUGGAGUCGGCGUUGUGUGCAACACCCGACGCCACAUCCUCUUCCUCUUCCAUAGAUGCGUCACGGAAACGUGAACGGCCCGUUGUGCUGCAGUUUGGGCCAGCGGAUGCCACGCCCAAUGCCUGCUCCUCGCCCACAAUGACACCGACGCGAGGCUCCACUCCGCCAGCUUUUCGAUUUCUGCAGCCCAAGCGGCGUCUAAUCGAACCCAGUCAGGUGCUCUCCAUCGACGACGAUGAUGUGCCACCAGAGCCAACAACGCCGGCCGAGAAGCCCGCUAUCGAGGAUGAUGUGGUCAAUGCUCUGCCCUCGGUGAAGGCACUGGCUCAAGCAUUCCUCCUCACCAGCAAACGAACACAGCCCGAGCGACGCUGGCGUGCAAAGCAUGUCAAACUGAUGGCAGAGAAGUCGGAGAACCCAUCCACUCCACAGGUGCGCCGACAGAUGCUGCAACAUGCCGUUUCCGUGGCCGAGGUGGCCGAUGAAUCGACAAUUGCCUCCGAUUUGUCAUCACUCGAAACAGAUCCAUCCUUGCAAUCGGAGGGACAAUCGAUUAGCAUACCCGUUGCCGCACAGGCAAGUCCAGUUCCCGUGCGACGAGGCUUCCUCAGGAGUAAUAUUGCUUUCUUUGAGAACUUAAAGUUUAAGUGAAUAUGUAUACAACUGAGUGCCAUGUGGAUUGUGCUGCCAUUGACUCAUAUUCCACUAGCGGGGAAUAUGCACAACAAUGGUGCAUAUCAAAUGCAUAUCCUCCUCGCCAUCCCCUCACAUACAAAAAAAGACACUGGAUACCAAAUCAUCGCCAAAUAUUCAAAUUCAUCUGUGCCAUGGCCUCCAUUUACAUACAUAGAAUGACGAAAGUAAACAAAGUACUUAACUUAACUUCAAAUUUGACGCCCAGUAAGCGUAAAAAAUGAUUGCUUUUAGGUAAUACAUAUAUAUUUAUUAUAGCUUUACACUAAUAUCCAUGGAUACUUUUUAUUUAAUAUUUUAAAUAUAUUAUUUACCUCUAAGAUAUGUUUUAGUCUUAAGUAAUGCAAAAACCGUUUGAAAUUUCAAUGUACCCGUAAAUCCGAUUUAUCUAAUACUUAAUUGUUAUAGUAUAUAAGGUCAUAUCAAUAAAGAACCUCUAGUAAAACCAAAUUCAAAACCAAAAACAAAGAGGUGUGAAAAAAUAUAUAACA